AUGCACUCUCCAGGCACAAUCAUGCCCACAUCGGCCCAGAGUUCGGUCUCCCACACUAACAAGAUCGCAAGGUCAACGACUCAAGACCCGCCUCUAUCCAACCUUCCGUCCAAUCAUUCAUCAACUAUCCACUCACCUGACCUGUUACAAUUCCAGUAUUCCCAGCUUCGCCUCACAUCCACCACAGGCGGGCGAAUCCAAUCAUGCGACCCCACCCGGAAGGCGUCCUUCCUCCACGCCUCCGAUAAUCUCUUUUACCUUCUGUCAGUGUUCGGUGAUGAGGAGUUGUGCUCUCAGAGGAGGAGGCAGUUGUGUUAG